AUAUCUUGUAUCAUAGUAUGGGAAAGGAAAUAGUAGAGUAGCAACAUCACAACAACUGUCUUGCGAUUCUUGUCGAACGAGAAAGGACGAAAUUAUUUAUAAAAUGAGAUGUGAACAGUGAUUUAGUGGUCGUUUUGAAACUCAACCAAAAACACAUUCAAAGGGAAUGGGAUCAGCACAGCAGCAAACAUCCAUUUCUCGUGUGAUGAACAUUUUGCAAGAGUGGGACAAGGGUACAAAGGGUGUUCGCAAAAAAAUACUGAUAAACUUCAUUCAACAGUGUCAAAAUAAAACUGGACCUGAGCUGGAACAACAGUUCGCACAAGCUGCGAGUUUAUUUUUGGCUAGACUUACAGCCUGGCUGCGCCUCUCAUAUAUGACAGGUACUUGUCUUGGGAAACAGCUCCAUGCCAUUUCCAUUUUUUUAGCUGCUCCCAGUGGACACAGAUUCCUGACAGAGUUUCUGGAGGUUGGUGGUGUCCUGACUUUAUUAGAAAUUAUUGGGCUUAAGCAAGCCAAGGAAUCACACAAAGUCUCAGCUGUCAGCUGUCUCCAUCACAUUGGCAAUGCAGGACGACAGUACAAAGAGCUUAUCUGUGAGAGCUAUGGUGUUCGAGCUGUGGCAGAGUGUCUAGCCAAAGCCAAAUCAGAGGAUCUGCAAGAUGACUGUCGUAAUAUGUUGCUAAUAUUGGCCCAGGGCAAUCCUCGCUUUCAGGGGCAGGUGUACAAAGGUCUCAUUGCACUUCUUCCCUGCAGCUCACCUAAAGCACAGCAAAUGGCAGCAUAUUCCCUGCGUGUUGUUCAGCCAAUUGUGGAGCAUGCCAAUCCAAACAUCGUAGAACCACUUCUAAAUCUUUUGAAGACAUUGCACCUGGAAGUGCAGUUUGAAGGUAAGAGAUUCAUGCUUCAUCUGAUCAGAAAGUUGAUGAACUAUGAGGUGAUGAACUCUCUUUUAUCUGGUCUGGUUGCUCUUUUGCGCCCUUCAGCUGAGGACACUAAGCCACAGCAGGAAAUAUUGGAUGAUCCCGAUGUGGAAUCAAUGAAAGCUCCCCUACCAGUCUACAUACAACAAGCAGCAGCUGCUAAAACUAUUGGUAUCUUGGCUCGGGACUCAGAACUAAUAGCUGAAAGGCUGAUACAGUUGCGUGUGGUGCACAAUCUCCUGUAUGCCAUGGGCAACACUGACUAUGCUGACAGUCAGCGACAAGCGAGCAUCACGCUAGAGCACUUUUGCCAGACAGUUCCAAUUGUGGAUGACCACGUGAGGGAAGCCAUGGGAGACGCACUUUAUGAGCUGUUUACAUCUGAUCCAGAGACACUGUACAUCAAGAUGAACCAUAUACAAGCUGAUGUCCUGGUCUCCAAUAAGGUCAACAUUCCUAAAGCAGAAGCCAUUGCUGCUGUGGAUUAAUCAACAGUUCCCAUCUGUCUCAAAGAGGACUUCAGGCCAUUGUUUGAUGAGUUCUGCACAGUGACCUGAGAAAAUAAAUACACUAUAAGCGCAUCAUCUUUAAAGUGAUAUUUUAU